UGGAGAGCAGAAGCAGACCGCACAAGAUGCCCACAUCCAACACGAUUGUGCUGAAGAGCCUCUCCGUACUGCUCGGACUGUUUUUCAUAUUUGUCGGAACCCUGAAGCUGACGCCAGCCAUCAGCAAGGAUCUCUACAAGGAUUUGCGCACAGAGUACGUUAAGUAUGCGAAAGUAUUUCCACUUACUGCCCUUUUUGGAGUGAAAAUACCCUCGAAAUGGUAUCGACGCACAAUUGGCAUUUUGGAGAUCGUUUGCGGACUGGCCAUGGCGCUGAUUCCCUAUCAUAAAGUCAAGAACGUAGCCAAUGUAACGCUGCUGGUGCUGAUGCUGCUGGGAAUCUACCAGCACUGGAUGGUCAGUGACCCGUUCGAGCGCUCUGGACCGGCGCUGGUGUUCACCUUCAUGCUGGGAGGCCGACUGGUGGUUUGGUAUCAGACAGCCCGCCUGCAGGAUGAAAUGGCGGCGGCCACUCAAGCACCAGCGAACGGCGUCAAGCAAGAUUAGAGGCUGCCAGCGAUUAUAGCAAUCAUAGUAUCAUAGUCAUUCACUGAUUCAUUGAUCCAAUCCACACAUUCAUUGCCACACACCUGUAAACAGCUUUUUUUGUAGCACUUUAAGUUGGAUUCUAAAACGAUUGGCGCACAAUCUUCGGGUUAGAAAUUCAUUCACAUCAUCAUUCUAGGGAAAUCGAAAUUCAUGUUCAUGUUUCACUUUGGUGCCAAACAAUUAUCAUAUGCAGAAAUAUUAUAUAUAUAGAAUGGAAAACGAUAUUAACUAAUAACUAUAUGAGUAAUAGUAGAGCUACAUUAUAAAGACAAUGACAAAGACCAGACGAGACGACUAGUUACACAUUCAAGCAUAAAUCAAAUCAAAAUCAAGUUGUACUCGCACUCAAACUCCAACUUCGUCUCGGGCACGGCAGCCAAUAUAGUCGAAAUAUAAUUGAAAUUACGGCGCAUUCAAUGGCGGCGCCAUCCUUUUAGAAACAAUUUUAAUAAAUUUGAACAACUCAUAUUUAAAAUUAAA